AAGCCGCAUCACAUUACUCCGCAUUUAAAGAUGGCAGCCACCGCUAUGAAGCUCGCCGGUUUUCUCGCCUUUUGCUCACUUUUCGCAGCAACUUACGCUGCUGGCAAAACUCUAGUAUUGGUUCACAAUUGGUCAAUCAGAGAGACACAUUCCAUCUUCUUCAGAUCACUCAGAGAUCGAGGUUUUGACCUGACCUUCAAGACAGCAGAUGACUCGUCCCUUGCCCUCGUAAAGUAUGGUGAAUUUCUGUAUGACCAUCUCGUCAUCUUCGCCCCAUCUGUAGAAGAGUUUGGCGGGUCCAUUGAUGUCGCCGCUAUCACCAACUUCAUUGAUGGAGGCGGAAAUGUGCUUGUGGCUGCUAGUUCUGCUGUCGGUGAGCCCAUUCGCGAACUUGGGAGCGAGUGUGGUGUGGAAUUCGAUGAGGAAAAGACCGCAGUGAUUGAUCAUCUCAACUAUGACACCUCGGACCAAGGAAAGCACACAUUGAUUGUCGCCGACCCAGACAACCUUAUCGACUCUGACAUGAUUGUUGGUAAGAAGAGGAAUGUCAGUCCUCUGUUAUUCAGGGGCGUUGGCAUGACUGCUGACUCUGACAACCCGCUGGUCCUUAACGUCCUUCACGCGUCCUCCACAGCUUAUUCCUUCAACCCGGACAAGACCAUCGACGAUUACCCUCAUGCUGUUGGGAAGAACACCCUCCUAAUCUCAGCACUCCAGGCCCGUAACAACGCCCGAGUGGUUUUCAUAGGAUCACUCGAGUUCUUCAGUGACGAAUUCUUCACCGCUGAGGUCCAGAAUGCCAACGGUGGCAGCAAAUUCUCGCGCUCCGGUAACCAGGAUCUUGCUACAAGCCUGUCCCAGUGGGUCUUCAAGGAGAAGGGCGUGCUUCGUGUCGGGAAGGUGUCUCAUACCAGACAGGGGGAGAACAACACCCCUCAGGCUUACACGGUCAUGGAGAAUGUGCAUUACACCAUCCACAUUGAACAGAUCAAGGAAGGGAAAUGGGUCCCGUUUGAUGGCACCGAUGUCCAGCUGGAGCUUGUCAGGAUUGACCCCUUUGUACGAACAACAAUGAAGCGCAAAAAUGGUGUGUUCUCAGCCAAGUUCAAACUUCCCGACGUUUAUGGCGUUUAUCAAUUCAGAGUUGACUAUCGUAGGAUUGGAUUCACACAUCUCUUCAGCACCACUCAGAUGUCGGUACACCCCCUACAGCAUACUCAGUACGCCCGCUUUAUUCCGGCAGCCUUUCCUUACUACACCAGCUCAUUCUCGAUGAUGGUGGGCGUGUUUGUUUUCUCGCUUGUGUUCCUGCAUUUCCGGGAGGAAAACAAAGAGAAGAAGGACCAAUAAUGGCGGAGGUGUCGUCAGCAGAUACAAACGAUGUCACCUGUUAUAUGCUUGUUAGUUGGGGACAGAUUGAAGACAGGGUUAGAACACAAAGAGAGAGGAAUAAUUCUCAUUCCCAGUCAGAAUCCUGCCAUAUUGUUAGUGAAGUCAUGUCAUACUUUAUGUCUGUAGUCUGUGGGGAACAAAUUGUAAAGAAGAACAAGGCUGGGUUAAAAUUCAAAGAGAGAGAGAUAGAUAAUAUUUCCAGUCUGAAUAGGGCCUUUCAAAAUAUGUCACUAGAGAAUAUUGCCAUGGAAAAUGGGCUGUUGCAUGAUAUGCAACUUUUGCAUAUAAAGAACUGUACAUGUACAGAAAAAUUUGGUGCCAUUUUCUCUGAGAUUAUAUAUAUAAAAUAUCGAUAUAUAUCAUGUGGUCCAGAGGACGUUUUCUGUACUUACGAUUGACACAUUUUGUAUCUGUUGAGGACAUUAAUAAAUCCUUUCUAUGCAAGUAAA